AUGGCGCCCGAGAAGUACAAGAACCCGCCACAAGCUCCGCCGACCUUCACCGGCACCAAGGAGUCCAUCGUGAACGAUGCCAAAGCACUCUGCUACACCACCCGGACUCUGCUCGACAAGGUCGUUGCCGGAGUGCCCGCCGAGAAGUCCACCUUCGCCUCGGUCAUGGCGCCUAUGGUCGAAGACGAGAACGAGGCCCAGCUGAGCUCUCGCAUACUCGGCUUCUACCAGUACGUUUCCGCCGACGCCGACCUGCGCAAAGCUUCGAGCGAGGCCGAGAGUAUCAUGGACGAGUUCACUAUCGAGUGUAAUAUGCGGGAGGAUGUCUACGCUCUGGUUGAGGCUGCCUUCCAGGCGCAGAGCGGCAAGGAGCAUGGCCUCCAUGCCGAGAGCUUGCGGUUGCUCGAGAAGGAACGUAAGGGCUACAUCCGAAACGGUCUCGGUCUGCCCAAGGGUCCCCAACGGGAUCGCUUCAAGGAGAUCAAGAAGCGGCUCAGCCAGAUCGGCAUUGAGUUCCAGAAGAACCUGAACGAGGAAGACGGCGGGCUCUGGUUUACGAAGGAGGAGCUGGAUGGUGUGCCUAGUGACUUGGUGGACGGUUUGGAGAAGGGGACUGGUGAGAACGAGGGCAAGGUCAAGCUGAGCUUCAAGUACCCGGAUCUAUUCCCUACUCUCAAGUUUGCCAAGAACCCCGAGACGAGGAAGAAGCUCUUCAUUUCUAAUGAGAACAAGUGCAAUCAAAACAUCCCACUCUUCAAAGAAGCUAUCCUACUGCGAGACGAGGCUGCUCGGAUGCUGGGCUACCCUAACCACGCUGCUUUCCGUAUAGAAGACAAGAUGGCCAAGGUACCCGAGACCGUCAAUACCUUUCUCUCCGAUCUUCGGAAACGACUGGUGGCAGGAGGUGAGAAGGAGAGAGAUCAUCUGCUUGAGCUCAAGAAGAAGGACGAGGGGUCGCGGGGAUUGAAGCCGGACGGAAACUACUACCUCUGGGAUCAUCGGUACUAUGACCGUAUGAUGGUCGAGCAAGAGUACAGCAUUGACGAAGUCAAGAUAGCGGAGUACUUCCCUCUAACAAGCACAAUCCAGGGCAUGCUGCACAUCUUCGAGGAGCUCUUUGGGAUGGUUUUCGUUGAGCUGGGCAAGGACGAGCGACAGAGGUUAUCACCGACCGGAAAGGCCAAGGAUAUUGCUUGGCACGAGGAUGUGAUCAUUUUCUCGGUCUGGAACGACAGCUCCGAGGGUGACGGCUUUGUCGGCUACCUGUAUCUGGACUUGCACCCACGCCAAGGCAAAUAUGGCCAUGCUGCCAACUUCAGUAUCAGUCCUGGAUUCCUCCAGAAGGAUGGCUCACGCCGGUAUCCCGCAACCGCCUUGGUCUGCAACUUCUCCAAGCCCACAGAGACGAAACCUUCGCUUCUAAAGCACGACGAGGUCGUAACUUUGUUCCAUGAGCUGGGACACGGUAUCCACGACCUGGCUGGCCGAUGCACCUACAGCCGUUUCCACGGAACCUCCACCGUUAGAGACUUUGUGGAAGCACCAAGUCAGAUGCUCGAGAACUGGUGCUGGACGCCUAGUCAGCUGAAGUCGCUCUCGAAUCACUACGAAACUGGCGAGAAGAUCCCCGAUGACCUGAUCGAGAAGCAGAUAUCCACCAAGCAUGUCAACGACAGUCUGUUCAAUCUGAGACAAUUGCACUUUGGCAUAUUCGACAUGACCGUCCACUCGCCUGCGAGCCACGAGGAGUUGGAAAAGUUGGACGCCAGCGUAUUGUUCAAUGACCUGCGAACCCAGAUUGCUGGUUUGAAGGGCCCAGAGGCUCUCGGCCAGGACAGCACAUGGGGCCACGGACAAGCUACCUUUGGUCACCUCAUCGGCGGUUACGACGCUGGCUACUACGGCUAUUUGUCGUCUCAGGUAUACAGUGCCGACAUGUUCUAUUCAAGCUUCAAGAAGAACCCAAUGGAUGGUAAGGAGGGCCGCAGAUACCGCCACACCGUGUUGGAACGUGGUGGAAGCCAGGACGAGAUGGAGACACUGAAGCAGUUCCUGGGCCGUGAACCGAGCAGCGACGCUUUCUACGCCGAACUGGGCCUCACUUCUGCAUGA